AUGAUCUUUCAGUAUGCUCAACUAGGAACCGACACCAUCCGCUUGAUCCGCUUCCACCCUCGCAGUACCACAUCUGACCUGCACGUCACACUAGCGCACCAAGCCGGCUAUUCUGCUCAGGAUGUUCAUUACUCCGUUCUCUCCCACGAGCCUAUCUCGAGGCCAAGUGAGGAACAACAGAAGGCGAUCACGUUGAAUGGUCGAACAAGAAUGCUUGACGCGAAUGCCUGGUGCGCUCUCCACGCGGUAUGGAAAGACCACCAAGACCACCGACAACAAGAGGAUCAGCGGUUCUGGUUCGAAGCUCUCUGUGUCAAUCAUAAUGAUCUGUUUGAAGUCGAGGCGCAGAGACGUCAGUUGUCGAGCAUAUACGCUUCUGCGGAUCAAGUCUUGCUCUGGAUGAAAUCUGAUGAUGAGUCUAUUCAUGUUGAGGGAGAUUUGCUUAAGAGAGCAGGUAUCUAUGUUCUUCAGGCCAAGGACCGCGAAGCUCUGAGAGGUGCGAAGACGGUGCUACUUUUGACUGUCGAGGGACGACGUGUAGUAGAGAUUCCCAGCAACCGUCUAGAGGGUCCCGAUGGACCUCGGGGUUCGUUGUAA